AUGUUCUCCUUCGCCAGAAAGCCGCUCUGGCGGUUACCGCCCGACAAGGGGCCUUCAAUUCCUCAGCGGGAACUUGUCGACGAGGAGGUUUGUCCUAACUACAGUUCGGCGGCUUUCUACCCAGCAAAGUCGGGAGAAGUACUGGCCAAGAAAUUUAAACUACUUGUCAAAAUCGGAUGGGGAUCACAAUCAAUCGUAUGGCUCGCCCAAGACAUUUCAAGACUGAAAUGGCAAACUGAACAAACAGUGGCUUUGAAAAUAAUUAACAGCAACAAUUCCGACGAUGCUCGGCAUGAAAAGGAGAUUGAGAGCCAUAUCUCGCAGCAAGAUCCAGAGCAUCGUGGUCGCGUGAUUCUACGGACAUGCAUGGAUGACUUUGAGAGGCGUUUUGUUGAUCGCAAGCUUCCGCUGCCCAUUGCGAAGGCCUAUAUCUACUUCCUCCUUGUUGGUCUUGAUUAUCUUCACUCAGAGUGCAAAGUUGUCCACACGGAUCUAAAGCUGGGGAAUGUCCUCAUGAGCUUUGAAAAUGAAAACAUUCUUGCCAACUUUAUCAAACGACAACAACCGAUGCAAUACAAAGUUGAUGGCGAGAGUGGUCGGACUAUCUACCGCUGCCAUAAUGACUUCGGUGCUCUUGAUGGGAGAGAAAUCGAGAAUCUGAUUCCUAAAAUAGCCGAUUUCGGGCUCGCAAUGAGACUCGACAAGCCGUCUACUUGA